CAGCUAUAUAAACUCAAGCGGAGUUGGUAGGCGGCAUUAUCAUCUCUUUCCACAACCAUGAGACGAAGCAUCGCAGCUGUUUUGGCUGUGCUGGCAGGUGUCGCUUACAGUGACGUCAGCACUAGCUACACUGCCCCAAGCAGUAACUUUGGUGGCGGUGCAGGAUCCGUAGGAGGAGGCUUCGGUACUGGCGGCCAUGGAUCGUUCACUGGAGCUUCGAGCGGGGGCAUCGGCGGUGGAGCGUUUAGCGGUUCUUCAGGUGGAUCGUUUGGAGGUGCUGGUGGAUCCGCUGGUGGAGUGAGUGCCACCUACAACGCACCCUCUAAUAGCUUUGGAGGUUCUGGUGCCUCUGGUUUUGGCCGCGGUUCCGGAUCCUUUGGUGGAGCCUCAAGUGGCAGCUUCGGAGGAAGAUCCGCUGGUGGAGUUUCAGGUGGAAGAAUUGGAGGUGGAUCACUUGGAGGAGCCGCUGUUAGUGCAACCUACAACGCACCUAGCAAUAACUUUGGAAGUUCUGGAGGCUUGACCAGCAGCGCAGGGUCCUUCGGCGGUGCAGGAGUGGGAAGCGGAUCUUUCGGUGGAGCAGGAGUCACAGGUGGAUCCUUCGGCAGCGGUGCUGGUGUUUCUGCUGGCGGAGUAAGUGCAAGCUACAGCGCCCCAAGUAGUAACUUUGGAGCUUCUGGAGGCUCUGCAGGAGGACAUGGCUUCGGAGGUUCAUCUUCAGGCUUUGGAGGAUCAUCUGGAGGCUCCUUUGGUGCUGGAAGUUCCUUCGGAAGUGGACUGGGAAGUGCUGGCGUCUCCAAUAGCUACAGCCCCCCACGUGGAUAGGGUUCGUGAACCCCUUGCUUACCAUACAUUGUUAGAAAGGAAGAUACUGCCAUGCAAAU